CUCGCAGAACGCUCGCACUUCCUGCAGAGAUAACAUCCGGAGGAGUGAACCAACAUCAGUGAAUCUUCCCCAUAGCGUCAAAUCUUUCGUAACAUAGUAGAGAAGCUACAAGUUUAUUUUUUUUGUGGUUUAAACAAAAAAAAGUAUAUUGAUUUUGGAAAGUGGAUUUGGGGGAGACGAACCGAUUGUAAGAAGUAAACUAGUAUCGAAAUGAAACAGACGCCCGUUUCCAGUAACACAACCAUGCUUUGGAUUGCGUUUUUGAUCUGUUACUUACAAGUUUGUAACUGCGUUCCGGUUGGAAUCGCUCAGAAUUUCGCUAAUCCAUUUCUAGGAAACUAUCAACAAGGACUUUCUGACAUCGACAUCCCCGGACAUUGGCAAAAUAGUCAAUCAUCUUCAGCAACUAAACGAGCUUGGCAAAAUUUACAAGCAGGUUGGGGAAAACGUUUAUCACCAAACGCUUUACAAAACUUACAGAAUUUAGUUUUGCGAUCAUCAAUUGCUGAUUCAAUGGCCGAUUACGGUGAUUAUUCAUUGGACCAAGACAUCUUUGAUUGGGGAAAUGAGAAGAGAUCGUGGAAAUCGCUCAACGGUGGUGGAUGGGGUAAAAGAUCCGACUGGGGUAACUUCAGAGGUUCGUGGGGAAAACGUGACCCGGCGUGGACUAACUUGAAAGGUAUUUGGGGCAAGCGCGAUAAUUAGAUUAUUGAAAUUAUAGGAAAUUAAAUGAUGCGCAGUACACAAUAACAAAAAAAUACAUUCCUUUUUUGUUUAUUUUAAGUAGAAAUAAUAAAGAUUAAUCCCAUUCAUCUGCUGUACUGUUUUCUGUGUCUAGGAUUAUAAUAAACGAGAAAAAACAUCAGAAAUAAAAAAACUUCAUUGGGGGUAGUUUGGACAACGAUAAUAAGAAGACAAAAAGUACCUUGGGGCACAUCACUAUUUCGAAAAGAUAUCUACCCGUUUUAUCAAUAUUACACAAAAAAUACCUACUAUUGUAAUUUAAAAAAAAUAAUAAUAAACAUAAAAUGUAAUAAGUGAAAAAUAAUAAAUGUAUUACAACUG